AUCGAUUAUCGUUCGUUAUCUAUGUUCAUAUAAUCAUAUUGAUUAUUAUUUUUAUUUUAAUCAACAAAUUGAACAAAAAUUAAUAAAACAACAAAAAUAUCAAUAUAAAAAAAAUAAUAAUAAUAAUAAUAAAAAUAAUGAUAAAAAUAAUAAUAAUAAUUUUGAAGAAUAUCAAAUUUAUUUUGAUAAAAUAAUUGAAAUUAAAAAUGAAUUAAAAAUUAAAAAAUAUAUUGAAAUUAAUGAAUUAGAAUGGAUAGUAAAAAAUAAAAAAUUUUCAAUACUUCAUGAUAAAUUGAUAAUGUAUAAAAAAAUAAUUAAAAAACAAAUAGUAAAUGAAAAUAGUAAUAAUUUUAAAAUUAAAAUUACAGAAGAUUCAAUUUAUCAAUUUUUUGAAUUUAAUAAUAAUUUUAAAUUAUUUAAAUUAUUUUAUAAACUUUAUUUUAAUGAAGAGAACCAUGGUGAAUAUUAUUGUAAAACCAAUACGAGGAUUAUUCAAAAAGCAGUUCAAAGUGGUAAUAUUGAAAUUGUGAAAUUCCUAGUUGAAAAUGGAUUUAAAUAUGAUGGUGAUUCAUUAAGAUUCGCAUCAUCCUAUGGUUAUUUCGAUAUACUGAAAUGGUUGAACCAAACUGACCCAACCAUUGAACUAGAUGAGAAUAUUAUAAAUUUUGCAAGAGGUGAUCCAAUCCAAUAUGAAUAUUUUAAUGAGCAGGGUAAACCUGUUAUUGGUAUUAGAAAUGUAGGAUUGGAGAUUAUUCAAUAUUUAAAAUCGGUUAAGCCAAAUUUAAUAUUCUCUCAAGAUGCCAUUGAUUAUAGUUGCAUUAGUGGUAAUGUUGAUAUGGUAGAUUGGUUUUAUAAAAAUGCAAAUUUAAAAUGCACUUUAUUCGGUGUUGAAGGUGCUAUCAUUGGCAAUCAUUUAAAAUUAUUAAAAUAUUUAUUAUUAACAAAAUCAAGUGGUAUAAAUAUGGUUGAUUUAAAUUCAUCAUUUAGUAUUGAUGAGUCAAUUAAAAAUGGUAAUAUUGAAAUUGUGAAAUAUAUAUAUGAAAAGUACUCUAAAAAAUGGUCAAUUAAAGGUAUUGAAAAUUCGGUUAAAAAGAAUCAUUUUGAAAUUUUAAAAUAUAUUUUAUCAAUUGAAUUAAAUAAUAAUGAAAAUUCAAUUAUUAAAAAUCCAAACUUAAAUUACUCAAUUUUAGAUUCCGCAUUUUGUGGUGGUGAUUUAAAUAUAUUAGAAUAUUUAAUUAAUAAUAAUUUUAAUAAUUCAUUUAAAUCUUUAUUAAAUGCAACAAAAUUUAAUCAUGAUUUAAAUGUUUUAAAAUUAUUAUUAAAUAAUAAUAAUUUAAUUUUAAAAUUUUCACAAUUUAAUUUUUUACAAGCAAUUCAAAAUUCAGUUUUAAAUAAAAAUUUAGAUUCAAUAAAUUAUUUAAUUGAAAUUAAAAAUAAUUUAUAUAAUAAUAAUAAUAAUAAUAAUAUAAAUCCUUAUAAUACAUCAUCAUCAACAUUAGAAACUAAUGAAUUUUUAAAAAUGAUUGAUAGAUGUAUUAUUACAAAAGAUUUAGUAAUUUUAAAGAUAUUAAUAGAGAAAUUAAAUUUUGAAUUUAAUUAUAGAAAAGAUUUAAUUUUAUCAAAUGCAGCAUUAAAUAAUUGUUUAGAAAUUAUUGAAUAUCUUUUAUCAUUAUCAAAUUUUAAUUUUAAAAUUUUACCAACUACAAUAUUAAUGUCUGGUAAUAUUACAACUGCAAAACUUCUUUAUAAUUAUUAUUGUUUAAAAAAUAAUAAUAAUAAUAAUAAUAAUAAUAAUAAUAAUAAUAAUAAUAAUAAUAAAUUACCAAUUAAAUUAUCAUUUAAUAUUAAUCAUAAUAAAAUUUUAAAUAAUUUAAAUUUAAUUAAAUAUCAUUUCUUUAGAAAUGAUUGGAAUUUUAUAAAUGAAGAUGAAAUUAUUAAAUUUGCAUCUGUACCAAAUAAUGUUGAAGUUUUAAAAUUUUUAAAGAAAAUUAAUUCAAAUCAUUAUGGUAAAGAAUAUAAAUUUUCAACUAAAGUACUUUCAAAAGCUUGUUUUUCAAAUUCAAUUGAAAAUGUUAUAUUUAUAAAUGAAAAUUUAAAUAAAGAAACAGUUGAUGAAUGUCCAGUAAUUGAUAGUUCUGUUGAUAAUUUAGAAAUUACAAAAUAUUUACAUUAUCAAACAAUUAUUAAUAAUUAUAAAAAUUGGUGCACCACAAAAUCUAUUGACACUGCUGCUGAAUUAAAUAAUUUUAAUACAGUUUUAUUUUUAUUAGAAAAUAGAAAUGAAGGUUAUUCUACUGAUGUUUUCACUUCUGAAACAAUUCAUCAUUCAAUUUUAAAAUUAUUAAAUUCUUUUAAACAUUUAUUAAAAAAAUAA